AUGAGCCUUUCUAGUUUCUUUCCGUUCUCCUUCUCCUCCGGCUGCUUUACACUGAACAGCUACUGGAACAGUCUUCGCUCGCUGGUGAAUCGCCUACUAAAGUUUGUAAAGUCGGUUGCCAGCCUCCUGCUCCUUCUCUUCCUCUUCAUCGUCAUCUGCUCCCUCCUAGGCAUGCAGUGGUUGGGGGGGACCUUCAAUUUCCCCACCAAGGACAAGCCACGGAGUCACGUUGACUGUAUCGCCCAGUCCAUGAUUACAGUGUUUCAGGUGAGUCAGCUUGAAGUUGCAGUGAGGGGAAAACCGCGAAUCUUGACCGUUUAG